AUGGGAUCCUCAGAAGAAGUUUCACGAAAGCAAGUAGCCUUGUGCAACGGAUUCAUUAUUCCCACAGCAGGCCAUAUUCUUCCUGCGGUGAAACGUCACGUGGUACGUCGCCUCCUGCUUCAACUUGGUGAAACACAUCCUCGAUGGCCUCACGACAAUAUUCACACACGCGGGCUCGGAAAUCCUGACGGAGUAACACGAGACAGGCUCCCCCACGUUUUUGACGGUCCGCGAGACUGUCUGGGACGGGCCAAGCGAAACCGAGAUGGUGGGGUAGUUCAGUUGCCCCUGAGAGAUACUCGUCGAGCAAUCGGCCGGCUCCUGCGUGAUCAUCUCGACUUGGUCCUCCGUGUAUCCCAAGCCGCACAAAAAUGGGACGUACUCAUCCAUCGCAAUGUCGUAGACGAGACCGGGAUCCAAUGCCCUAUUCGGGUUGACGUGGCCGGCCCCAGUCGCGUAGGCAUUGGCCGGAUUAAGUUUCUCGUCGAAAAUCGGUAUUCCGUGGGAAUUGACGAGGUCCGCGGUGGUCAUGAUUGCAGAUUUCAGGGCUGCCGGCGACCAGUCUGGGUGGGCGCUCUUGAGCAGGGCCACGACCCCACUGAUGUGAGGACACGCCAUGGACGUGCCCGAAUCGAUUUUGAAUGUGACGCCCAAAUUAUCCGGGUCGAGAGGAGACCACCCGGCAAGAAUCAUUUCGCCCGGCCCAAUGAUGUCCGGUUUCAAAACUCCGGGAGCUUGGCUGCUUGGCCCCCUGGACGAGUAAUAAGUGACGGCGGGAGAAAUCGGGUACCCGAGCUCCGUCCCCUCGAACGAGAUUGUUGCCUUUGGGGAGGAUGUCGACUUUAUGUAGGCCUUGAUUUCUUGGCCCGCGAUAAAAGACACCGUUGUGGAUGGCAAGUCGAGGAGAUCAGUAUAGUGGCUAAACGCAGCGACUUGGUCGUUGGCCAGUAUCAUGGCGGCACCACCGGCAUCCUUAACUUCCUGGGCUUGAUCCCUGGGGUCGAGGGCUAUAUUUACGUCACACAACACAAUCUUCUUCCUGACAUCGAACCCCGCCAGCGACCCGCUGUAGCACUCUUGUUUCCCGGAGCUGUUGUAGUAGACGAGCGGCCACAACUUGUGAGAAGAGAAGUUUCGGGGCUGGAACACAGACUCCCCGUCGAACAUCUUUCCGUUUCCCAGCUUUGCCGAGGCUCGAAUCCUUCGGUCGAUCGUGCUUGCCCCGACUGUCAGAAGCCAAGGAGCGUCGUUGGCCACCGUCCAGGCAGAAGGACCGCUGUUCCCCGUAGCCACAAUCAUGAGGAUUCCUUUCUUGGUCGCCGCAAAAGCGCCUUUCAUUAUACUGUCUUUGUAAAAUGGUCUGGACCCAUAGCCCAAGGACACGGACAGCACGUCCACCCCAUCCUCAAUGGCGGCAUCAAUAGCGGCUAG